CGGUGCAGUGGUUGAUCGUUUGGCGCAGCCGCAGGUGAGAUGGCGCUGGCGCCUUGGAGAACUGUCUCAGUGAAAAUGGAGCCGCUCGAGUGAAGGUGGGUGAUUCUGUGCGCGCGUGAGCCCGGAAAGUGCUAUUAUUCGGAGAUGUGGCAGGAUCUGGGCGGUCUGAGCGGCGUAGGAGUGAAUUCCGGUGCUCAUCAGGUCGAAUUCGGAACGGCAGAACUGACUCCCGAGCAACAAAAGAUCCUGAUAGACAUAAGGCGGAAGAAAACCGAGUUGCUGCUCGAGAUACAAAUAGCCUGCCGCUUACUCAUCGCGCUCGUCCCACGCGUACGUUCAUCACGAGAAUGCUGAACGCAUACGCUGCGACAGACCUCGGAUUCCGAAAAGGUCAUCAAAUGACCCCGUGCCCGCACCCUCGAAAACGCCGUCGCCACUUACUCAUCGCAUUCGCAUAUCCGACGUGCUGAAGGCGCCAACCAUCUCGGCAGUAGCGGAUUCCGAAAAGGUCACCAAAUGACCCUGCAAAAGUGCUCUUGCAGUCGUAGCGAAAAUUAUCUAGAUACGAGAAAUCAAGUAAGAUUGAUAAAUGACUAGCAAACAUUGCGAUAUCAUAUAUGUUUUGCGUUUAAUCAAAACAGAUGACAAAGGCAGAAUUUCUGUCUGUGAUAUUUAGCAAGAAAGUUUCUCUCUGUGGCGACCAUACAGACGAACUCUAGAACCCAAAACAUCAAAAGUAUUGGAUUAAAGAGACGCAAGAAAUGCAUUCAGUAAGACAGAAGAUGUGAUUAAAUGAUUAAUAGUUUAGGUAAUGAAAAAUUAAAUGAGUUGUCUUUUUAUUGUGUUUUAAAAGAUUUAAAAUAAAAGCCUGAGGAAGUUUUGCUAAUCCGGUCUACUUAAACCUAACCCUCUCUCCUCACUCAGGCUUUUAUACACGUUCUUCCACAUAAACACAGAUACACAAUCCUCUUUAUUCGCAUUCUCCAAAUACAAAUACGGCUUCUGUCUCUGGAUUUGAUUUUUGUGGUAGACCCUUUAAUCCGACUUUAUAUAAUCUACCCAAGUCUCUCUUCCCCCGUAUACACACUUGUUAUAUCUUCUCUUACACACAUACACACAAACACACUUCUUCUUCCUCCACCUCUCCUCCAAAAUUCACAAAGAUGCGUUUUUAGUAGCUCUAUAUCGAAUUUUUUAGAUCAUAUUCUUAGUCAAUUUUUGAAGGUUCUAGAAAUACCAGCACAUUUCCAUAUUUGCUCAUAACUUCUGUAAAAAUGAUCAAAAUUCAAUGUUUUUUAAUCAAUGCAGAAAACAUAGAGGAAUAUGAAUAGAUCCAUCAUAUUUUAGAGAUAAAGUUGAAAAAAAUUAUAAUGAAAAAAUAAGACGUAUGUUUUUAAGGAUGGCAAACGUUUGAAAAGUUGGACUGGAUAAAUUUUACUCAUGUCUAAGGUUGUAAAGUUAAAACCAGUCGCACAGUCUUCUUUUAAAAAUUGACUGUGAUAAAAAAAGACCAACGACGUGAAACAUACGAAUAUAUAAUCGUUACAUUCACCUAAAUUUGCUCGUAGAUAUUGCUAAAAAAUGUUGCUGCUAUAAAUUCUAAAUGUGUCACAAACAAUUUUUUCUAGCAGAUACAAAAAACUGUGAUAAACUUAAGUGCGACAUUUAGAAUUCUAUCUGGGCCAGCAAAAUAUUUUUUUGAGUGUCCGCCGAGACUUCGGCCUUUUCGAAUAACGCGCUCCACGCGCGUCCUUGCUGUGCGACACUUGGGAUAAAUCUAGACGAAAUCGGGGACGCAGUAGUACGCCCGAUGGGUCUGUCGCGUACAUUCCGCCGCGUAUGUAAACAUCUGGUGGAUACGGGCAGAGUCUCGUGAAUCGCGAGCCUUCAGGGUCGUCACUCUGCUUAAACUCG